UGGGAUUUUUUUUACCUGACUGCUGUGGUCAGUAAAAUUAAUUAUUAAACUUGAGCGAAUUGGAAAAUGUUUUCCUCUAUAAUUCGAUUUAGAGUCUUAUUAUUCAUAUACUAUAUAAUAAAUAACAUAUCGCAGUGUUUUUCAAACGAUAUAUUAGGAUGCGGUGGUUUUGUCAAAAGUCACGCUAGUUUGGAUUUUUCGAAAAUCGAGAUUGGUUUAUACACCAAAGAAGGAAGCCUUAAAGAAAGGACAGAAUGUGCGCCAACUAACGGCUACUACUUUCUUCCCUUGUAUGAAAAAGGGGAAUACAUUUUGAAAGUGCAUCCACCAGCGGGAUGGAGCUUUGAGCCGUCUGAAGUGGAGCUUCUUAUAGAUGGUGAAACUGAUCAAUGCUCCACAGGGGAAGAUAUCAAUUUUGUGUUCAAUGGUUUUGGUAUUACUGGGCGAGUGAUCACAGCUGGCCAGAAGCAAGGACCCAGUGGAAUAAACAUACAGUUGGUGAAUGAGAAAGGGGAUAUUAGGAACACCAUCACCACUGUAGGUGGUGAUUUUCAUUUUACUCCUGUUAUACCCGGGAAGUAUAUUGUUAAGGCCUCACAUCCCAGGUGGAAAUUGGAGCCAGCUCAGACCGUGGUGCAAGUGAAGGAAGGGAACACCGUCCUGCCACAAGGAUCCCUCAGUGUCAAGGGGUAUGAUGUGUCUGGAUCAGUGUCAUCCUUUGGUAGCCCCAUUGCUGGGAUUACCGUUCUACUUUAUUCUCUGCAGGAGAACCCUAGAUUCCGUGUGGAAGGCUGCAUAACUGCCCUGCUGCAAGGUGUACCAGAUUCUCCUAUCUGCUACUCUGUCACCAACGCUGCAGGGGAGUUCAAGUUUGGCCUGGUGCCAGCCGGAGAGUAUAAGCUGCUAGCGUUGGCUAAGUCUCCAGGGCAAGCUGCCAUCACUUACAACAUCAAGCCUGAUGCAGUACCCUUCACUGUGAAACAUGAUAGUUUAUUUAUUAGGAAUGCUUUUGAGAUAAGCGGGUUCAGCGUGUUGGGCUCAGUUCUGACGAGCGCGGGCGGUGGCGGCAUCUCCGGCGCGCGCGUGCUCGUGGGCGGCGAGCCGGUGGGCACCACGGACUCGGCCGGCGCCUUCACGCUCAGCGGACUCAAGCCCGGCACCUUCUCGCUUAACUUCCAACAUGAGCACUGCGAGUUCGACGAGUUGCAAGUGGUGGUGACAGCGAGCGGUGUGAGCGCUCCCCUCCGCUCCGUGGCGGCGCGCUGGCGAGUGUGCGGGGAGCUGUCCCCGCCGGAGCCGCGCUCCGUGGUGCUGCGCGCGACGGACCGCAGCGCGCCCGUCCAGCGCGUGCAGGCCGCCGCCGACGGUAAUUGGUGCACGUUCCUGCCGCCGGGAGUGUACGCUGCUACAGUGGAAGUGAGCGAACAGGAGCAGAGAGAUGGACUGCAGUUCUACCCGGAGCAGCGCGCGGUGUCGGUGGCGCGCGCGGCCGUGCGCGGCGUGGCGUUCAGCCAGGUGCGCGCGCGCGUGCGCGGCCGCGUGCUGUGCGGCGCGCACUGCGCGGGGCUGCGCGUGGCGCUGCGCCCGCUGGCCGCCGACGGCAACUACGCGGGCCCGCCGCGACACGCGCCCGUCCUUAACGGCGAGUACACGUUCGAGGAGGUGGUGCCGGGCAGCGUGGAGCUGUCGGUGCCCGAGGAGCGGCUGUGCUGGGCCGAGGCGGCGCACAACGUGGUGGUGGCGCAGGAGCUGCCGCCCGUGCCCGACUUCGAGCUGCACGGCCUGGCGCUGCGCGUGUCCGCCACGCACGGCAUGCAGUUGGAAUACAAGAGCACGAGUGCCACCGGCGUGCUGACGGUGCCGGCGGGGCUGAGUCGCCAGUGCGUGCCGCUGGCCGACCGGUACACGCUGACCCCCCGCGGCUGCCACCGCGUGCAGCCGCCGGAGGUCACCGUCGACAUGAACACUGAAGAUGUGCCGAGCGUGUCGUUGGUUGCGGUGGCGCACGCGGCGGUGCUGCGGAUCCUGUCGCCCGAGCCCGCGGCCGUGGCGCUGCGGCUGAGCGGCGCCGGGCGCGCCGACCAGCUGCUGCCGCUGCGCGCGCAGCCGGCGCCCGACGGGCAGGGCUACGAGUACGAGCACACGCUCUACUUGGCGGAGGACGAAGUGAUAACGAUUGAGCCGCAGUCGUCGCAGCUGCUGUUCUCCCCGCGCGGGCCGCAGCAGCUGGCGGGCGGGCUGCAGUGCCGCUCGGACGCGCUCACGCUGCGCGCCGCCAAGGCGCUCACCCUCAGCGGCAGGAUCGUGCCGCCCGUCGCCGGCGUGCUGCUCACUCUCGAGGGAGAGGACGUGAAGCGGACGCAGACGACGGGCGAGGACGGCGCGUACAGCUUCGGGCCGCUGGACGCCGCGCUGCAGUACCGCGUGUCGGCGGAGAAGGACUCGUACGUGUUCGCCGAGCGCGACGAGCGCGGCGACAUCGCGGCGCACAAGCUGGCCGAGAUCACUGUGCAGCUGGUGGACGCGGCCGACGACACGCCGCUCGAGGGCGCGCUGGUGUCGGUGAGCGGCGGCGCGUUCCGGCGCAACGUGGCGUCGGGCGCCGCGGGCUGGCUGCGCUUCGGCGCGCUGUCGCCGGCGCAGUACUACGUCAAGCCCAACAUGAAGGAGUACCGCUUCGAGCCGCCGCACGCCAUCGUGCCCGUCGGCGACGGCCGCACGCACCAGCUGCUGUUCAAGGGCUUGCGCGUGGCGUGGUCGGCGCACGGGCGCUGCGUGUCGCUGGGCGGCGCGGGCGUGGCGCGCGUGCCGGUGCGGGCGCGCGCGCACGCCGAGCACGCGGCGCGCUGUCCGCAGCAGGACGCCACCACCGCGGCCGCGGGGGACUUUCGUAUCCGCGGCCUGCUGCCCAACUGCGAGUACACGCUGGAGCUGAAGCCGUCGGCGGAGCCCGAGCUGAUGAACAUCGAGUUGGCUAAAGCGCCGCCGCCGAUACUAGUAAAAGAGAAAGACAUCGAGAACAUUCGGCUAAUAAUCAUCCAGCUCAACCAGUUCACGGACACCAACGUACUGGUCCACACACCCAACAUAGAGCACUACAAGACCCUGCGCCUCAGCCUGUCGCCCGAGGCGCCGCCGUACACAGACGUGCACACCGUCAAGCUGGACCCGCUCGGGUACAGCGCGCACAACAACCCGGGCCUGAUGGUGACGCUGCCGCGCCUGCCCGCCAACAACAAGACGUACGUGCUGAAGGUGGAGUCCAACCUGUCCAAGGUGACGUACACGUACGAGGAGCAAGUGUUCUACAUCACUUCGGACGGAAAGUUCAGACAUUUCGACAUCGAGUUUGUGCCUAAAGUGAAGUCGUCGGAGCAGGAGCUGCGGCAGAGCUCGCUGCUGGUGCUGGGCCUGCUGCCGGCGCUGGCGCUGCUGUACCUGCAGCGGCACCGCCUGCCCAGCCUGCGCAGCGACGGCAAGAAGGCACCGCGCAAGAAGCAGUAACACCCCCACCUCACCCAGUGCAGUGGACCCUCUAUAAUCCGGCCCCCUUGUAAUCUGCACUUCCAUACUAAGCCUCAAUAGCUCAACGGUAAGAGCGGUCGGACUCAUCACCGAGGGGUGGUGGUUCGAUCCUCGCCCCGUUGGUUUAUUGUCGUACCCACUCCUAACACAGUCUUUCCCGACUAGUUGGAGGGGAAUGGGAAUAUUAGUCAUAUUAUAAAAAAAAAGAUAUGGCAAAUAUUCUUUAAUAAAAAAAAAAGUCAUGACUGUCUAUCUGUUUGGAUGCUUCCCAAGGGAAAAGACGUCAUCAAAAUAUCGUCCAAUGGCGUUGGAGUUCUCCCAGUCCCAUCUCUUUCGUACCAAUCCAAUGAAAGAGAUAGCGGUAUUUCCGGUUGCGCCGCCAUUGGUAGAACUUUGUCUAUUUCUCUUCAUGUGAUUAUCUCGUUGAUCGCCACUGAUAUUUUUUUUAUAGCUAACCACUAAACCGGUGGUUGGCCACAAAGAAGAUGAACCCAUCUUGAUGAAAUUUUGUACAGAGGUAAAUACAACCCUAAAAGCAGAACGCAAGCCACUUUUAUCCCGAAUCUGUCGGUCCACAGUGUAUGAGACGAGAACAUUUAUUCCUUAUUGCUUAUUAUUACAAUGCAAACUGCAGUGAUAUGUGAAUGCCGAAAAUUGUAUUAGUACAUAAAAUACAGUUUUCUGUGAGUAAUUGAAAAAAUAUGCUUCGAACUGUAGUUAGAGAGGCAUUUUUAGUGGUUGCUCUGAGAGAUUUACGCAGACACUAAAUAUAGCAAGGAAACAUCAUGGUAUAGUAUGCCCCAAACUUCGAGUCCAUUCUGAGAUUCCAACACGCUGCUAUCAUUAAAACGAAUUUACAUAUGUCUGAUGUGUCGUGUUGUGACGUCAGAACAAAAUCGAUUUCAUACCUUUUGUAUGCGACACAUCAGAAGCCAACCCACAUAAGUAUAAGCGUUGCCAUACAAAAUGUGUGAUACCGGUUCUGUUCUGACGCGUCACGACACGACACGUCAGACAAAUAUAAAGCUGGCUUUACUCUGCUGGGAUAAUUAUAUUUUCGUCAGUGGCAUGUACUGUAUAGAUGCAAACAUGCACUGCCUACCCCGAGGAACCUAUAUUGGACAAUCAAUUUCCCAUUUUCCACAAUUCCACCAUACUCUUAUUAGAAAUCUUGUGCACACCGCUGGUUUUCGUAUAUUGUGCAUUUGUCUCCUGUUCACAGUAGUAGUUCACAGUCGAAGUUUGGCGCACACUCAUUAAUUUUAAGUUAAUUUGUUUUUAUUAGAGUAUUUAAUUUAUUAGAAUAAAUAAAACGAAAAUGUCCUUAAAAUAAUAAAAUAGCAUUUAUUUAGAAAAAUCACAAAAUUAUUUAAAAAUCAAGUAUUAAAAACCAGUUAUUUUAAUAUAAAUAAAUCAUUUAUAAUUAUAUGCAUUUGAAAAUAUAAAAAAGUUUUAACACAUUCCAUAUCUGGAAGUUCGGAAGAUAGUAAAUGAAGAAAAUGUUAAUAAUGUUAAAAGAACAAAGAUUAAUUUUAUUAUUCUGAUUAUUGUAAUAAAUAUUUUCAGUUAAAUAAGUAGGCGAAAAAACUUUUUAACUAUCUUAAAAGUUCUCUUACCUAGUUAAUUAUAUGAAAAGAAGUAAUUAUUAAAUUAUUAUUGUUUUGAGUGAUUUUUGUUUGGGAUGUGAUGGUGCGUGAAUUCAGGUUUAUCUGUGAAGGUCAAUAAAAGUUUUUUAAUGAUAAA